GCGCGCGCCCCCCGCGCUCCCCCGCGCCCAGCCCGAGACCCCGCGCGCCGCCGACCAGCGCCAGGCCUGCGGGCGCAGCGGCCGUGCGCACCAUGAGCCGCAUCUACCACGACUGCGCCCUCCGGAACAAGGCGGUGCGGAGCGCGCGGCUGCCGGGGGCCUGGGACCCCGCCGCCCACCAGGGCCGCGACUAUGAACUCCAGCCACUUGCCUCGGCGCCCUGCCCGCAGGCCUUGGCACAGGCCGCCCCGCUUCCCGCCCCGGAAGGGAGGACGUCGUGCAGUGACCCCAACAGCGCGGGGCAGUUGGCUUGCCGUGGCCGUGGGAGGGCAGUGCCUGCCUGGAGGCGCGUGUGGGCUCGGGAUGGGGGGGGGGGUGGCUGUCGCAGGGACGUUAUGAGAACAAAUGGACCAUUCCAUUUGGUUAGAAACGCAAGAAUUUGGAGGGGAAACGGCGUCCUGCUGGAGGGAGAACUGGUAGAUGUGUCUCGCCACAGCAUCUUGGAUGCCCAUGACAGGAAGGAGCGCUACUAUGUGCUAUACAUCAGGCCCAGUCGCAUCCAUCGCCGGAAGUUCGACCCCAAGGGAAAUGAAAUCGAGCCCAACUUCAGCGCCACCAGGAAGGUGAACACGGGCUUCCUCAUGUCAUCCUACAAGGUGGAAGCAAUGGGGGACACGGACAGACUGACGCCCGAGGCGCUGAAGGCACUGGUACAAAAGCCAGAGCUGCUUGCGCUGACGGAGAGCCUUACCCCCGCCCAGACAGUGGCGUUCUGGAUGUCCGAGUCAGAGAUGGAGGCGAUGGAGCUGGAGCUGGGGGUCGGGGUACGGCUGAAAACCCGAGGCGAUGGCCCCUUCCUGGAGUCAUUAGCCAAACUUGAGGCUGGAACAGUGACCAAGUGUAAUUUUGCUGGUGAUGGAAAGACAGGGGCAUCCUGGACAGACAACAUCAUGGCCCAGAAGUCUACGAUGGGAGCCACCGCGGAGACGCGAGAGCAGGGGGACGGGGCAGAGGACGAGGAGUGGGACGACUGAGAUGAGUGGGAGUGAAGCGCCCCCUGGGCCCACCAGCGCUGCUGAGAAUCUCUUGCAUCAACAUCGACUCUGGAGUUCGAGGGAGCGGUCCGCCAAGCCUUCCCUGGUUUUUCCUACAGCUGCCAGGGAAUGCUCUUGGAAUAAGCACUGCUAAAAUCAAAUCCAAGACCGUGACGUGAGCAGUGGUGCCCCAUGCUGUGGCUCAUGGAGGGGCCCUCCCUUGAUGCGAGUCUAGAUCUCCUAGACGUUUCCAUGGUGGCCCUUGCCCUUAAAUGGCAGCCUUGUUUCUGGAAGCAGUCAGUGGAACCGAACUUGGUCUUUGUGUAGACUUGGGGAAUGUCCCUCAUCUGCAUGCAGAGUGGCUCAGGGGUCCCUUCCUCUGCCCUCGUAUAUUCUCCUAUACCUUCCACACCUGCUUCCCCCCGCCCCGCCCCGCCCAGUGCUCUGAGUUAUAAUAGUCUUUGCUCUCCUGUUCAAACCUCCUUGUCCUCUCUGUGCCCUUUUCCUCCCCUAGAGCUGCCAAUUCUUUAUUCCUCCUCUGGUUCUCUGCCACACUGGGGGGUUUGCUGUCUCCUGACCUCCCUGGCUGCUUUGCUGGGGAUGCUGUUCUCAGGGAGGCCUAGAGUCUUCACAGGUGUGGCUGGCUGGUCCCCACCUUUCAGGCUCACUCUGCCAGACCAC